AUGGUCUCUCGAGCCGUAAAUCGCUUAGACAAUACGGUUCGCGGCCGGCGUAAAAGAGGAGGCCAGCUUCUCGACGUAUUUUGUAAUGUAAUUGGUUAUGCUGUUUGCGACCGUGGCGUUCGACAUCCGCUCUAUUGUGGUCUUCAGGGUCGUUUGCUUGAGGUCAACCGUAGGUUGGCUUGGCACACUUCAGGCGUCCCCAAGGGGUAA